AUGGAUGUACUGAAUGCGACAAAUGAUCUUUUACCAUUGCUUCCAGAGGUGCAAGAUGCUUUGAGUGAAGAUUUCGAUGGUGUCGAGUGCAGUAUGGGUGCAGGAGUUGUUCUUGCACAAGCACCAUUUCGAAUGACUUUUGCACAUAUGGGAAGACAGGUAACAUUUGUACCCGAUACGUCAUGUCUCGAAGAGUUCGACGGAGCAAAACUGCAUCGAAUAAAUCUUGGACCAAAAAGUGCCGUCUUCACUGAUGGAGAACCUGGAUGUUGUAUGGAAUUGAUAUUGGGUGCUGGAAAGGAUUGGAAGACUCCUCUCACCAAACUGUUCACGAGAAUUUAUCCGAAUAAAUGGGCGUUUUUCAUUACUGAGUUGGAGUCGUUCCAGGGACAAGCUUCAUACCAUGUUCUCUCAUCUUCACAUGGAAUGGUCAGUUCACCACGACGUGAAGACACUCCAGAUUCCACUGAACAGUCGUCUAUGGUCAGUUCACCUACCGCUUCUGUGUCGGAUGCAACCAACUAUUCACUAUGGAUUGUACCGGUUACCAAAGUUUUUGCCAUUCCGGCACCAAAAAAAGUGAAGGUUAUCCGGAAAGUAAUCAAGAAGAGGACACCAGUUGACGGAAGUGUAAAUGGGAGUGUGAUACCGAAUGGGACUUCGAAUGGAACGAUUACAACAAAUGGCCAUACGAAUGGAACUACAGAGGAUGGAGAAAGAAAGGUUCGUCUCGUUAAGAAGAAGCCAGUGGAAAAGUUGGAAUCGAGUACGGAUCGAGAGAUAUCUCCUCUGAAUGAUAUUCCAAAAGCUGAAUUUGCAACAGUUUCUUCUUCGGAAUCCACGAAAACAGUAGUUAACGGGGAAACAGAAAAAGAAGAAGCAGGUCCAUCGAAUGAUAGUUCAGAUGGAAGUGCUUCUGAAUUGAGAAAGAAAUUGACAGAGAAAAUGAUGGAACAGAAGUUUAUGGUUAAUGGAGAGCAACGAGCACUCAACGGCAGUGCUUCUUCUCGUGCAAUCGGUCGUUCUAUUAGUCGUAGUAGUAUGACACCAGAUAGAAGACUUGAUCCGAUUUUUGAAGAUGGAGCAAACAGAAAACAGUCGAUUUCAUCUGCGAUUGCUGCGAAUCGACCGGCGAUCACGAGAAACUCGGCAACUCCUCCGAGCACUCCGAAGACUCUCGUGUCCCACCCAUCGAAGCCGAAUAUCCCAGUGAUUGCUCUCCAAGCUGUUCUCACCAACUGGUUCAACUAUGAACAUCUCGGACGUCUUCGUGAAGUGCAUCCUCAUUGGGAUGAAAUUGCUGGACAGUUGUUGAAUUCGGGAUAUUAUAAAUUACUCGAAAGAUCUGAUAAAUUGUUGAUGGCACUUCAAAGAAAAGUGGUCAGUGACCCGGGAUUACAUUACGCAACAAGCGUUCUUACCAAUAUUCAAGUGCAUGUUCUGAAUCCUGUUGAUAUUAUGAGAGCUGUUAUUGAUGAAGGAGUUUGUUGUUUUCCGUAUGGAGUUAUUCUGGAUAAAACAUUCCUUUUAUUGGACAGAGUUGAGGCAAUGUUACAUGGUUCUUAUGAGGAAGAAUGUCACUGGGAGCCAGUAGCCAAACUUGCCAAAAAGGCAGCUUCUCACUACCGUGGUAAUCUGGAACGUGUCAUGGAAGAGAGAAUGGGAGAAAAUCUUCGAUUGAAAGCUGCCCAAAGAAUCAUUCGUUUGGAGUCUUUCGUUGUUGAUGCACAAGUUGCGAAGCUGGAGAAAGAGUCGAAUAAGGCAAAAGAAGACGUCCGUUGGGAAAUCGAUCAACUUCAUCAGAAGAAUUCUCAACUUCGAAAAGAUAAUCGUGAAUUGAGAGCAAAUCAAAUGCGUUUGGAGGCUCGUGUCGAUGCUCUUGAACAAAAAUUCAAGACGUUGGCGAGACUUUUGAGCUGA